AUGAGCAAAGCUUCCAGCUACAGAGAUGCCCAUUCACAGGUAGCACUCUACAAGAUGAACCCGACAGGCCAGUGCAACCAGGCCAUAUCAUUCACACCGCUUGAAUCGCAGACGAACGUAAAUGAUUUCGAUUUCGGGAGCAACCACAGGCGAAGCCACCAAAUGAGCUACGGUUUCAUUCCGCUGAAUUCCUUUGGCCAGCUUUUGUUGUUGCUGCAGGAAGAGCCGAGAGGAUCAUCUUUAUGGAAAACAACCAGCACAAAACGACGAGAAGGACGCAAAAAUCAUAAAGUGGUUUUGAACAAGUUCAAAAAGCGCAUAGGGAAAAGGAAGGCAAAAGCUCAGAACCAAUCUCAUUCAUAG